CAUUCUGUCGGAAACGCAGAAGAAGAAUAACAACAACCGUUUUUGGCUUACAAAUAGAGCACAUCGUUCGUGUUGAGUUGUUGUGUAGACUUUUAUAUUAACUAUGUCGAUUUAGCGCACAUUUGCAGCAACGUAACGUAUUAGCUACUGUCGUUCGGACGUUUUUAUCCCAGUACACUGCCAUGCAGCUGUUAAACUAGCUUGAGUCGUGGAGUACAGAAGCGAGUUUCUCAAAACAAAGCACUUGUUUUUAAACGUUGACGGUAUUGUUAUUUAAGUCUUCUUCUCGUGUGUCAUCCGUGCCCAAUGGGGUUCAAUAAGACGUACAUCAGUAUCGGGUAUGCCUCUUUCGGCAUGCUUAUGGGAUUCUCUGCGUUUCUCGUGUGGAACAUCGCGUACAAACAAUCAUGGACAGCUGCAAUGGGAGGAUUAUCAGGUGUGCUGGCUUUCUGGGCCCUCAUCACCCACAUCAUGUACUUGCAGGACUACUGGCGCACCUGGCUGAAGGGCCUCAAGUUCUUCCUUUUCAUGGGUGUCUUCUUUGCCCUUCUGGCAGUGGUGGCCUUCAUCACCUUCCUCUCCCUCGCCAUCACCAACAAAGAGUCACUGACCGACCCGAGGAGCCUGUUCCUGUCGGGCGUGUGGAGUUUAAUGACCCUGAAGUGGUCCAUCCUGCUGGCCCUCUACUCCCACCGCUACCGCAAAGAGUUUGCUGACAUCAGCAUCCUCAGUGACUUUUGAUAAGGGCCAUUGAACCCCUCUAUAGUGAGGGAAUGAGUACCAUGAUCUCCACCUAUGCCCGCGCCUCCUCGUUUAGGUUACCCCCUCUUUUCCUAUGUCUGUGAAAUCAAAUCAACAUUAAUUUGUCACGUGCACAGGAUACAACCGGUGUAAACAGUACAGUGAAAUGCUUACCUGCAAGCUCUUCCUUAACAAUGUAGUAUUCAAUAUCAAAGAGAAAGAAUUAGAACAUUCACAAUAGAAUCUUAAAAAGCUCACAGAAACAGGGAAUGCUCAGCGCCUGCUAGCCAGUCUAUCCACAAGUUCAUCCCUAUUUUAUACUGUUUAUGAAUUUGACUGUCUUCAUAUACAUAUGUAUGUGACACUCUUGUCUGUGUUCCUGUUGUAUGUCCUCUAAAGUUGUUUUAGUCAUAUGCCAAUAUCUCUCUUUUUAUGAGAUUAGGGGUUCUUAUUUGAUGAAUUUGUAUCUAACCCUUGAUGAUCAUGUACAUCUACCUAUGAUGUUUUUUUAAUAUCUAAUAUAUAUAUAUAUAUAUAUAUAUAUAUAUAUAUAUAUAUUAUUCCUUCUCUGAUUUAUUUGUAGUUAUGAUACAGAAUUGACUUCCAUUCUCUUGCCACAAGGGGGCGUCACUCCAUCAAAUGCGUUGGCUGUUGGAAAAUGUUUGUUUUUAGAUGGAAGCCUAUCUCAGAAUUAAUCUCAGUGUAGUAUAACUGUACUCUACCUGCACAAAUCAUAGAACAUCAAUUCUAGACAACAAUAGGACCCAUCACAGGCAUGUUUGGGAAAUCCAAGUAGUUGGAUUUUAGUAUGACUCUGUUCUGUGUUAUCCGUUUUUGCACUUUGUGCUUGGGUUCAUAAAAACUUACUGUCACCUGCAGUGAUGUGACGAAGCCACUACAUUUAGUUUGUUGGGUCUCAACACUAUUUGGAAACACUUUACUUAAUGCUGACAGGUAUAAUGCAUUUUGUAUGCAGCUAUAAUGCUUUGUAAGACUUCUCAUAAGACUUGUUUGACCCCCCUUUAUAAAGUCUCAUAGCCUUUAUACCUGCCAGUGUUCGCCACUAUCACAGCAUCCCACCACCACUGUAUAAAAUAUGAAGAAAGAUUGUACUACCAUCCCAUAAUGUAAGAACAACUGUUUUUAUAACAGUUGCAAAUCAAUUUCAAAUGUCUCUUUAGUACUCAUCGUAUUUGAAUGGAGAUAUUUCGUAGCAUUUUUAUUAUUGCCAUGAUGGGAAGUUGUCAACAAAGUGAGCGAGGACCAAACCAACGAUGUGAGAAGGGACCAUUGGGGCUUAAUAAUGAGCCUUUGACCAAUUUUUAUUCCGGUAAACGCUUUGACUCCCAACACAAGGACCCGAGUCCGAAAAAGUACCCUACUCCCUAGAUAGUGCACUACAGACGGACCCUACUCCCUAGAUAGUGCACUACAGACGGACCCUACUCCCUAGAUAGUGCACUACAGACGGACCCUACUCCCUAGAUAGUGCACUACAGACGGACCAAGGACUAAUUGUGUGAAUGCUUCAGUAAUCCUAAACAUUUGUUGCUUCUCCGAUCCAAAAUAUUGGUGAUCAUCAUACUGCUGCCUGUGGAGAUGAAUUUGAUCCUGUCCUGCCUUUUUCCUUUUUAAAAGUCUGUUGUUUCUAUGUGAGCUACCACAUCUAGCAUAUUGUCAUAAUGAAACAUGAAAUGAUGUAUAUCCACUUGCGUGUGUGUAGGAAUGUAUGUCUGUUGUACAGGUAUGUAUGUGAGAGCCAUAUUAAUAAAAUAUAAUUGUAGGA